AUGGUUCGCGUUCUGAUCUGCGGCGAUCUCGUUUGGGCACACCAAGAGUGCGCGGAGCUGUUCCAGGGUCUUGCAGAAGUCGUCCGUAUGGACUCGCCUAACCGGGCCGACUUUUUCUCCGGCUUACAGCCGGGGGGCAAGUACGACGGUAUCGUCGGAAUCUACAGGCACAACGUCUCCGCGGACCAUAUCGGCAUCUACGACAAGGAACUAGUAUCGAAGCUCCCCGUCACUCUCAAGUGGAUUGCACACAACGGAGCUGGCUAUGAUCAGAUCGACGUUGCCGCCUGCAAAGAGAGAGGUAUCUUCGUCUCCAAUACCCCCGGCGCCGUAGACGACGCCACGGCCACAACCGCGCUCUACCUGCUUAUCUCCUCCCUCCGCCUCUUCGCGCAAGCCGAGCAAACCCUGCGCGCCGGCAAGUGGAAGUCCGCGCACAGGCCCGGCGCCGCGCACGACCUCACGGGGCGCACGCUUGCUAUCCUCGGGCUCGGCGGCAUCGGGCAGCGCCUCGCCGAGUUCGCGCAUGCGUUCCCCAUGCGCGUCGUGUACCAUAACCGGCGCCCGUCCGCGAGCGCACCCGCGUGGUGCGAGUACUUCCCCGCGGAACGCCUCGAUGAGAUGCUCGCACAGGCGGACGUGCUCAGCGUGCACGUGCCGCUCAAGGCGGAGACGGAGGGCCUCGUCGGGGAGGCGAUGAUUCGCAAGCUAAAGAAGGGCGCGGUCAUUGUGAACACCGCGCGUGGGAAGGUUAUCGACGAGGCCGCGCUCAUCCGCGCCCUCGAAGAUGGACACAUGGGCGGUGUUGGCCUGGACGUGUACCCAAACGAGCCCGAGGUAAACCCACGUCUACUCGAGUUCCCGAACGCGACGCUACUUCCGCAUAUGGGAACGGAGACAUGCGACUCGCAGAAGAAGAUGGAAGUCCGCGCGCUGACCAACCUCCGCGAUUACCUCACCAAAGGCAAGGGCGCAGACAUCGUUCCCGAACAUAGGCAGUAA